CAUCAGCAGCGGAGAUGCCGGCGUCGUCCUCCAGUGGAAACCGUCCCCCCGCGCCGCCUGUCCUGGGGUGCUGGCCAAGUACCUCAUCUGCCACAUGGCCGAGAGGGCCAACAUGACCUACAGUGAAGCUGAUGCCACAGCAGUGAACUACACCCUCCAAAACCUCCAGCCCGGCACAGCCUACAGGGUGGGUGUUUGGGAAGUGACAAAGGACAGCGAGGGGACCUGCAGUGCUUGGAAGAAAUUCCAGACCAAGGCGUUAGGUCCUCAGGGAGCAGUGUGGAGAGCCAACCUGAAGUACCUGGGCAUCUCGCUCAGUGUCCCCGUCAUGGCUGCCAUCUACCACCUGACCAAAAAGAGGGCUCGCCACCUCCUCUUCCCACCUCUUCCUAAGCCUGUGGGCACCAAUGCCAUCCAGUUCUCUGCCGGUGAGAAGGGCCAGGGCCAGACCUGGAUAGGCCUCCUGGAGCCCUCGGAGAGGUUCAACCCAGCUGAGCUGCUGCUGACGGAGCUGAAUCCCAGCAAGGAGACAACUGACACCACCACACAGACUGAUGUGCCUCGUCCCAGCGUGCCACAGCCCAACGUGCCACAGCCCAGUCUUGUGAUGGAAAAACCAGCAGAGGUGCUGGUGGUGUGUCCGCCAGGCUGUGAGGAGGAGAUGACCUUUGCCUACCGCAGGCAGGAGAUGCUGAGCCCAGUGGGAUUUCCACCGCCUGGCAGCACCAGUUGCACUGGGCACCCACCCGGCAAGGAGGAGGAGGAGGAGGAGGAAGAGGAGGGAAGGCAGGAGCUAUGCCAGCCGCUGAUCCCCAUUGCCCUGCUCAUCUCCAACAAAUCCAUCAUCAUCGGGGACCAGGAAGGAUGGAAUCUAUCGCAGGAGAAGUCGGUACCAUAGCCAUCACCAGGCUGGAGCAGCAGGGAUGGAUGGCAGGAAUAGGGUGUCCAAUGGGGUGCUGAGUGUGUGGGAUGCUGGGUGCCUACCCCAUGGGAUCAUGGUCAAGCCAGCACUUUCAGGGGGUUUUCUGGUUUCCAGGACAAGGAAGGUGAUGUCUCUGGAUUCUGUGUUGCACCAUGCCAGGUUUUAGCCACACACUUCCCAGCCUCAAUUUUUCACCAGGAAUAAAAACCAAGGGAUGGUGGCUCCAGAGUCUGUCCAGGGCUGAGGGUAUUUCCUUGGCUGGAUCAGGAGGAGAGGGAGAACUUCAUCCCUGCCAGCUUCCACCGCUGGGACCAGCAUCCCCUCCAUGGGAUGGGGAUGCAAAGCACCAAACACCA